AUGCCUUCCAUUGCUCCUGCAGCUGGCGUGACGAGCGCCAACGACAACAUCACCCGCUUCGACCCUCCUUCUCGUCUCCUCAGCCCCGUCGCCCAGCACACUCUGUUCCACAACAAGACACGAUGCUUCGUCUAUGGUAUGCAACCCCGUGCGGUGCAGGGUAUGCUCGACUUCGACUUUAUCUGCAAGCGUAGCACCCCCUCCGUUGCCGGUAUCAUCUACACCUUUGGCGGUCAGUUCGUCAGCAAAAUGUACUGGGGAACUAGCGAGACCCUGCUUCCAGUCUACCAGGACGUUGAAAAGGCUUUCGCCAAGCACAGCGAUGUCGACACCGUCGUCAACUUCGCCUCUUCACGAUCCGUCUAUAGUUCCACAAUGGAGUUGAUGGAAUUGCCUCAAAUCAGAACCAUUGCCAUCAUUGCUGAGGGUGUCCCUGAGCGAAGGGCACGUGAAAUCUUGGUUGUCGCCAAGGAGAAGGGUAUCACCAUCAUUGGACCCGCCACCGUUGGUGGAAUCAAGCCUGGUGCUUUCAAGAUUGGUAACACCGGUGGUAUGAUGGACAACAUUGUUGCCUCCAAGCUCUACCGCAAGGGUUCUGUCGGUUACGUCUCCAAGUCCGGUGGUAUGUCUAACGAGUUGAACAACAUCAUCUCCCAGACCACCGACGGUGUGCACGAGGGUGUUGCCAUUGGUGGUGACCGUUACCCCGGUACUACCUUCAUUGACCAUCUCCUGCGUUACCAAGCGGACCCCGAGUGCAAGAUUUUGAUGCUUCUCGGUGAAGUCGGUGGUGUGGAGGAAUACCGUGUGAUUGAGGCCGUGAAGAGCGGCGUCAUUACCAAGCCUAUUGUCGCUUGGGCUAUCGGUACUUGCGCCAGCAUGUUCAAGACUGAGGUCCAGUUCGGUCACGCCGGUGCCUCCGCCAACUCCCAGCUUGAAACUGCCGUCGAGAAGAACAGACACAUGCGGGAAGCUGGCUUCCACGUUCCCGACACAUUCGAAGAACUCCCCCAGGUCCUGGCUAAUGUCUACAAGAACCUCGUCGCUGAUGGCACCAUCGCUACCUUCAAGGAGCCUGUUCCCCCCAAGAUCCCCAUGGACUACUCUUGGGCCCAGGAGCUCGGUCUUAUCCGUAAGCCUGCUGCUUUCAUUUCCACCAUCUCCGAUGACCGUGGUCAGGAACUUUUGUACGCCGGCUUGCCCAUCUCCGAUGUUUUCCGUGAGGAUAUUGGUAUCGGUGGUGUCAUGUCUCUGCUGUGGUUCCGCCGCCGCUUGCCUCCAUAUGCUAGCAAGUUCUUGGAGAUGGUUCUUAUGUUGACUGCUGACCACGGUCCGGCCGUCUCUGGUGCCAUGAACACCAUCAUUACUACCCGUGCUGGAAAGGACUUGAUCAGUGCCUUGGUCUCUGGUCUGCUUACCAUCGGUUCUCGUUUCGGUGGUGCUCUUGACGGUGCUGCUGAGGAGUUCACCAAGGCGUUCGACCGGGGCCUCAGCCCUCGUGAGUUCGUUGAUACAAUGCGCAAAGAGAACAAACUCAUUCCCGGUAUUGGCCACAAGGUCAAGUCUCGUAACAAUCCUGAUCUUCGUGUCGAGUUGGUCAAGGAAUAUGUGACCAAGAACUUCCCCUCACACAAGCUCCUAGAUUACGCCAUCGCUGUCGAGACUGUCACGACUUCCAAGAAGGACAACCUCAUUCUCAACGUCGACGGAUGUGUCGCCGUUGCCUUUGUUGACCUCCUCCGUAACUCGGGUGCUUUCUCCGCCGAAGAGGCUGAAGACUACCUGAAGAUGGGUGUCUUGAACGGCCUUUUCGUCCUUGGACGUAGCAUCGGUCUCAUUGCCCACUACCUCGACCAGAAGAGACUGCGCACUGGCUUGUACCGUCACCCAUGGGACGACAUCACCUACCUACUCCCCAACGUCUCCAAGGGUGCUCCUGGUGCGGAGGGCCGUGUUGAGGUCAGCAUUUAA